AUGGCCACUGCAGAUCCUCUAGCCCAACCAGAGCUGCCUAGAGCUUCGGCAGGCAAUAUCUCACCGGAGUUUGAUCCUAAGAAAGUCACAGUCGUAUACAUCCUGGGUGGCCCCGGCUCUGGAAAAGGAACACAGUCUGCCAACCUAGUCCGCGACUACGGCUUCGUCCACCUCUCUGCUGGCGAUUUAUUGCGAGAAGAGCAGAACACUGAAGGUAGCCAAUAUGGAGAACUGAUCAAAAACUACAUCAAAGACGGCUUGAUCGUUCCGAUGGAGAUCACCGUCAAACUACUUGAAAACGCCAUCCGUGCCAGUCUAGACAAGAGUGGUAGUGACACGGGCAAAUUCUUGAUUGAUGGGUUUCCACGAAAAUUAGAUCAGGCCAUCUUUUUCGAAGAAUCUGUCUGUCCUUCGAAAUGCACCAUCUUUCUCGACUGCCCCGAGGAUGUCAUGAGGGAACGUUUACUGAACCGGGGAAAGACAAGCGGCAGAAUCGACGAUAAUGAGGAGAGUAUCGUCAAGCGGUUUCGGACAUUUCUGGAGACAAGUAUGCCCGUGGUGGAUAUGUUCGAGAAGGAAGGCAGAGUCAUCAACGUCUCCGCCACCGGUUCAGUCGGCGACGUAUACGAGAAUAUUGUCAAGGGCUUGGCAGACAAGAACAUUUCUCCCGCCUAG